CUGGACUUGUAUCUAACUCCAAUCCUGCACCUUCCCACCUUCCGUCCCACCUCCCUCUCCUCUCUCCGUCCUCCGUCCUCUUCCUCUCUGGAGAGGAAGGAGAUCCAUUGACCAUUGCUUCCAAUGGAUGUCUAGCUCUUCUGACCGCUCCUCUGCCACUGCCAUCUCCCACCUCCUGAAAGCAACUCCUGAUCAGAUUCAGACCAUCGCCUACUCUGAAGAAACCCAGCAAGCGGGCCUGAACACAAAUUGAUCUCUGAGGUGCACCCCGAUUCAAGCCAUGGGGUCCGGGGACUGGUUCAUGACGAUCAUCAGCAAGAAGAAAUCGAAACGGGGCAAGUCAAAGCACACAAAGCUCGCUGGUCCAGUACCAAAUGCAGGAAACCAGACAAAUCAGAAGUCCAAUGGACCUUCUUCCAGUAGUGACCCUGAAGACAAUGCAGCACUCGAGGAAUGGGCUGCCACUCGGAUUCAGAAUGCAUUUCGGAGAUACAAGGCAAGAAAAACCCUCCGCUGUCUCAGGGGAGUCAAAAGAUUGCAUAUUAUCGGUCAGGCCAAUCCAGUUAAGAAGCAGACUGCUGCCACACUGAGCUACAUACAGUCUUGGAACAAGUUGCAAUCGGAGAUAAGAAACCGGCGUGCUUUCAUGGUCACCGAAGGGCGCGAUAGGAAGAAGAAGCAGGAGAAUCAAAUGAAACUUGAAGCAAAACUCCAUAAUCUGCAGGUUGAAUGGAAUGGAGGCUCGGAUACUAUGGAUGAGAUACUUGCUAGGAUACAGCAGAGGGAAGAAGCAGCAGUAAAGCGUGAGCGAGCCAUGGCCUAUGCGUUCAACCAUCAGUGGAGGGCAAGGCCUGGCGCAGGUCUAGGAAACUUCAGCUACGAAGUCGGGAAGGGUGGCUGGGGCUGGAGCUGGAUGGACCGCUGGAUCGCCGCACGGCCAUGGGAGCCCCGAGGCCUGGUCCACCCCGAGAACCCGAAGAAAGUGCAGGCAAAUAAGGAGAACAGCAGCACAAACCAAUCUGCUCUGAAGCUGCAAGGCUCCAUCAGCCUAAGCAACAACAUCAGUGACCGCAAAGUCGUUAAGAAGAAGCCAUCACCAUCACCCUCUCCUACUGAUCAGAAGAAACCAGUAGCGAAGGAGCAGAGAGCAAAGGCAGCCGGCACUCCUCCGAAAGCGAAGGCCAAGGAAAUGAGGGGGAGCCAAGAGAAAAAGCAGCAGCAGCAAGUGGUUCUUAGCGCAUGAAGCGUGCCAUCGUCGCGGAAAUGGUUACUGCUCAUUGUAUGAUACAUCUUGUGAAGUUCUCCAUUGUAUUCUUUUCACGCUUUGUUGUUAUUUUUUUUCCUUUUUGUUUUACGCUGAUAUGGAACAAGGAGUGGCCAAUUUAGAAUGUGCUUUGGUUUGAGCGAUUGCACACAUAUGACAUAAUCUGAUGAGAGUGGUUUUGGUUA